AUGGGGUCUCGGCAGGACCAGCCCGCCGUCAACGGGGAGCAAGGUGACGGCGCGGGGGCAGCCUACGUGCGGUACAGGGAGUGCCAGCGCAACCAUGCCAUCGGAAUCGGCCGCUACGCCGUCGACGGCUGCCAAGAGUUCACGGUGUUAAUGGGCGUCGACGAGGCUGCCAUGCUCCUCUGCGCGGCGUGUGGCUGCCACCGCAACUUCCACAGGCGCGAGGUCGUCAACGAGUUCGGCGUCGACUACCAUGCUCCCCGGACGCCCCCCGCCGACGAACAUCGCCGUUGA